UGGCUGUCAACAGAUUAACCCCCCCCAAAACUACAAUUCCCAAACCAAGGGAGCAUUUUACCCAGCAUUCACCGGGUUUGUGAAUGGAUAAUGCUGCAAGAUGGCGACAAAUGCAACUGCUACAAACUUACCAUCUUUUGAUUGUCCAACAUGGGCAGGCAAGCCCCCUCCAGGACUCCAUUUGGACGUGAUGAAAGGUGACAAAAUGGUCGAGAAACUGAUCAUUGACGAGAAAAAGUACUACUUAUUCGGGAGGAACCCGGACAUGUGUGACUUCACCAUCGACCACCAGUCAUGUUCACGCGUGCAUGCUGCCCUGGUCUACCACAAGCACCUGAAGAGGGUGUUCCUUAUUGAUAACAACAGCACGCAUGGUACCUUCCUGGGACACAUCCGCCUGGAGCCCAAUAAGCCUCAGCAGGUCCCCAUAGACUCCACCAUGUCGUUUGGAGCGUCCACGCGAGCCUACACCAUCCGGGAGAAACCUCAGAGCCAGCAAGGAACCAACGCCGCCACGGGGGACACCAAGGUCGGGGAGGACGAGGAGGGGUCUAAGGGCCUCUUAGGAUUACCAGAGGAGGAGACCGAGCUAGAGAACCUGACAGAGUUCAACACGGCCCACAACAAGCGCAUCUCCACCCUGACCAUCGAGGAGGGCAACCUAGAGAUCCAGAGACCCAAGAGGAAGAGGCGGAACUCCAGAGUCACCUUCAACGAGGACGAUGAGGUCAUCAACCCGGAGGACAUUGAUCCCUCAGUGGGGCGCUUCAGGAACAUGGUGCAGACUGCUGUCGUCCCUAUAAAGAAACAGAAAAUGGAGAGGCACGGCUCACUUAGUAUGGACGACGUUGUUACGAGGCGCAUCCACAACUACACCUUCGGCGGCGGCCUUUACGGGGACCUGCCACCCACCAGCCACGAAGGCCACCCUGCCGGGUCCCCGAGCGGAGCCACUAUCCUGGGGGGUCUCCCUCUGCCCUUCCCCAACCCGGCCCCAGAGGUGAACCUGGCCCCGGAUGCCCCCCAGCCACCUGUCACCCUCAACCCUGUCCCCGUCACAGGCCCCUAUCCCUCCGAGGUCCUCAACGAGCCCCGCAAGAAAAAGUAUGCCAAAGAGGCAUGGCCAGGCAAGAAGCCCACCCCCUCCCUACUAAUCUAACCCUCUCCUUACACUACGGCUCUUUCUCAAUUCGUCUUUCCUCUGUUCUUUACCUCCUCUCAUGCAUUGUAGAAGAUCCAAGGUCUCUCCUCUUGGACCUUCUCCAAUGUAUUUUGAGGCGAGGAGAGGGGACACAAGGAAUCCAGGAAAGCCGAAUUGGGAAAGAGCCGUUGUAGUGGAGGCAGGGCUGACUCUCAGGGUAUGGGCGGAGACAUCAGGGACCAUGACCCGUUGGAGGCGGAUCGAUUUUACUUAUAAGACUGUUUUGUGGAUUUUAUAGUUUUGUCAAUGUUUUCUACGUUACUUCCUCAUUCUCCUAAAGAUUAUCCGAAAGUCUUCAGUACUACAUUCCAUGAAGACAGGAACACCACUCCUUCGGGAGAUGAAUGUUUGAUGCGUUUUACAAAUGAAGUCAUAUUAAAAAGGCAGUACUUGGCAGACCAAGUCAGUUGGUCAGGUAA